AUGUCUAUUAUUUACAGUUUAAUAGCUCGUGGACCUAUCAUUUUGACAGAAUUUACAAACUCAAAAGGAAACUUUACUCAAGUUACUCAAGUAAUCCUUGAGAAGAUUCCUCCAAAUGAUUCCAAACUUACAUAUGUUUAUGAUAGAUAUCUUUUUCAUUACAUUUCUGAAGAAGGCAUUACUUAUUUAUGUAUGGCAGAUGACUCUUUUGGACGAAGAGUUCCGUUUGCUUUUCUACAAGAUAUUAAGGCCAAAUUUUUGAACAAUUACACAAAAGACAGAGUUCUUUCAUCUCCUCCAUAUGGGUUAAAUGAAUUUUCCACGAUCCUUUCUAAACAAAUGGAAUAUUUUUCUAACAAUCCUGCUGCUGAUAAGAUUAAACAAGCUCUUGGAAGUAUAGAACAAAAUAAAGAAGUUCUAGUUCACAAUAUUGAACGGGUGUUACAACGCGGUGAAAGAAUUGAAUUAUUGGUAGAUAAAACUGAUAAUCUUAAUCAACAAGCCUUUGCCUUUAAAAAACGUAGCACUGCUCUAAAGUUAAUGGGUAAUAAUAUAUCAAGUACAACAACUUCUAUAGCAACAGCUGGCAUAGACAGUUAUGUUAGCGAACUUGGUGACAUUCAAUAUGAAAAAAGUUUGGGCAGUGCUCGUUUUAUGAAAACUAUUUGUGGUCGCCACAAAGAAGGUCCCGUUGUAGUCAAGAUAUUUAUUAAACCUGAACCUAGCCUAUCUUUGUCAAACGUUGUUAAAACACUUAAAGAGGAGAGAGAAGCAUUAUCUGAGAUUCCAAAUGCAUUCCCUUAUCAAAGAAUAAUUGAGACAGAAAAGGCUGGAUAUCUUAUCAGACAACAUUUUUUUAAUAGUCUCUAUGAUCGUAUUAGUACUCGGCCAUUUUUGAAUUUAAUUGAAAAGAAAUGGAUAACAUAUCAAAUAUUAUGUGGCAUACAUGAUGCCCAUACAAAAGGAAUUUAUCAUGGUGAUAUAAAAACAGAAAAUAUCUUGGUCACAUCAUGGAAUUGGGUUUAUUUGGUUGAUUUUGCAGGAUAUAAACCCACAUAUCUUCCUGAGGACAAUCCAGCUGAUUUUUCCUUUUUUUUUGAUACUUCUUCAAGAAGAACUUGUUAUUUGGCUCCAGAAAGAUUUUAUAAACCCGGCAGUGAAAUAGAUCGUAAAAAGAGUGAUCUUGAAUUUGGAGAAAAAGACGACGCACUUACUCCUGCUAUGGAUAUUUUUUCUUUAGGAUGUGUUAUAGCGGAGCUCUUUUUGGAGGGUACAACAAUUUUUUCACUUUCUCAAUUAUUUAAAUAUAGAUCUGGUGAAUAUGAUCCAGGAAUAUACAUAGAAAAAAUCGAGGAUCCAGAUAUAAAAGCAAUUAUAAAACAUAUGAUUAAUGUUGAACCUUCACAAAGAUAUUCUGCCGAGCAAUACCUUCAAGAAUGGCGUGGCAAAGCAUUUCCACAGUAUUUUUACACUUUUCUUCAUCAAUAUAUUGGUUCCUCACAAACUACCAAUGGUUCACAAAAUAAUUAUGUUUUUAAUACAGAUGCAGAUGAUAAGAUUGAGAGAAUUUAUAACGAAUUUGAUAAAAUUGCAUUUUUCUUGGGAUUUUAUGGUGAUAAUUCUGAGAUUAUCCUAAAUCAUGGUCAUGGGGACAAGAUUGGUGAAAGCUCUCGUUUAAUUGACGCCACAUCAAAUGCCACGUCAGCUUUACCUAUGAAUUUACACAUACCAAAUUAUAAACCUAAUUCAAUAUCUAAUAAACAAAAAAAUAGCAAUACUGAUGGCGGUGCACUUAUUUUUAUUUCACUGAUAUGUGCAAUGAUUCGAAAUACGGCAUAUCCUUCAACAAAGCUUCAUGCAAUGGAUAUGUUGUUAGCAUUCGGCCAACAUUUAGAAGACGAGUUUAAGUUGGAUCGUCUGGUUCCUUAUCUAAUUUCUCUUUUAGGUGAUAAAGUUGCUCUUGUUAGAGCUAAUGCUGUCAAAACACUAUCAAAAUUGCUUUUCAUGGUUGAGAAUAUUACUCCUUCGAAUGCUACUAUUUUCCCAGAAUAUAUUAUGCUCAAUUUACGAAAAUUUCCAACUGAUAAAGAAGUACUUGUUAGAAUGACUUAUGCUCAACAUAUAGCUUCAUUGGCAGAAACUGCUUUAAAGUUUCUUGAAUUAUCUCAGCUUCUAAAAACCGAAGAAACUUCAAAUUCGCUUGAUAAUGACGCAGAUUUUGAAAAUUCAUAUGAGAAGACAUCAUAUGACGCCUCUUUACAUGAACUUCAAUCAAUUAUUCAAGAACAAGUCACAACACUUCUUAUCGAUAAUGAGAGUGCUGUUAAACGUGCCUUACUUUCAAAUAUUACGAGUCUAUGUAUUUUCUUUGGUCGACAAAAAGCUAACGAUGUAUUAUUGAGUCAUAUGAUCACAUAUUUAAAUGAUAGAGAUUGGAUGUUACGAAGUGCAUUUUUUGAGAGUAUUGUAGGUGUUGGAACCUUUAUAGGAGGGUGUGGUUUAGAAGAAUACAUUCUGCCAUUAAUGAUUCAAUCAUUGUCUGACACUGAAGAAUUUGUUGUAGAAAAAGUUCUUAAUUCACUCACAAGUCUUGCUGAAUUAAGAUUAUUUCAAAAAAUGAAAUUAUGGGAUUUGGUAGCAAUUGUUGCACCUUUAUUAUGUCAUCCUGGGAUUUGGAUUAGAUAUGGUGCUAUUGGUUUUAUUGCGUCUGUGGCUAAACUUUUACCGCAAACUGAUAUUUGGUGCAUAAUAUAUCCAAUAAUAAGACAAUUUUUACAGGCUGAUAUUGUUGAAAUAACAGAAAUGCAUUUAUUGGAAAAUGUUAAAAAACCAUUAUCUCGUGCUGUUUUUGAUUCAGCUGUGUCUUGGGUAGGCAAGGCAAACAAAUCAUCUUUUUGGAGAACAGCUAAAGAGCAUAAAUCCAAUAAAACUGUGACAGCUACUUUAUCUAGUAAUGCAAGUAUUACAAGUUUAUUGUCCAGAAGAACUUCUACAUUAACGGUGAACGCUGAAAAAGUUACUAAAUCCGAAGAAGAUGAGAUAUAUUUUGAAAAAUUAAGGAAUAUUGGUAUGACUCAUGAAGACGAAGAAAAAUUAGCAUAUAUGAGAGAUUAUAUUUAUAAAUUUUCUAUACUAAAAUCAAAUGCCAGACCAAGAUUAGAUGAAAAUAUACAUUUGGAGGAUGGAUCAAUUGCAUCAAAAGAUUUGGGAAUAAACCCGCAGAAUGUAUUUAUUUCGUUUAUAAGCCCUGAUGUGAAUUCUUCAAAUUUUAAUUCGAACAUUAUUGGUACGCCAAAUAUUUAUCCUAGUUCAAGUGGAAAAAGCAGCAAAGUAUCCUUACUACUGGAAUCAACGAGUACUCCUAGAACACCCACCACAAAUUUAUUACCAUCUGAUCUUACUAAUGCUGAAUUAUCAACAACAACAACGACAAAUAAACGAAAAAAUCUUGAACAAUUUGUUUCUAAUACAUAUGAGGGCAAUGAUCGUAAUGUUAAAAAUUUAUUAGAUUCAUUGUAUAUUAAAUAUUUUUCUGAACCUAUGCCAGAAUUUGGUCCUAGUGUCACAAAAGCAAUAGUUGGAAAAGGUUCUAAAGGUACAGGUCAAAUUAAAACCAUAGCAAGUACAUUGGUUGCUCAUAUCACUGAACAUAAAGCUUCUAUCAAUCAAAUACGGGUUUCACCUGAUCAUAAUUUUGUUGCGACUUGUUCAGAUGACGGAACUGUAAGAAUAUGGGAUUGUGGUAGAUUUAUAACCUUUAACUGUCGUUCAAGAAUCACGCAUAUACAAAAAGGGAAAGUCAAAUGUAUGACUUUUAUUGAUCGUACACACAGUAUUGCAUCAGCAUCAGAUAAUGGUAGUAUUCAUAUAUUUCGUGUAGAAUGUUUUACUGGCAGCACUCCCUUGAAAUAUGGUAAAGCACAAAUAAUAAGCAAAACCCAGUUGAACGGAGAAGUAGGAGAAUAUGCUGUAGCAAUGGAACAUUAUGAGUCCGGUACCGAUUCUAUACUGUUAUAUGCGACUUCUAAAGGUAAUAUUUGUGGGUUAGAUUUGAGAACAAUGGAAAUUGUUUGGACUUUUACAAAUCCUAGAAGUUACGGAGUGAUCACGGCAAUGGUUUUAGAUAAAAAAUUCAGAUGGCUUCUUACUGGUACUUCACGCGGUAUUCUAACACUUUGGGAUCUUAGAUUUAGAAUCCAACUGCGUUCAUGGACACAUCCUAGUAAAAGUAGAAUAAGCAAAUUAUUAAUACAUCCACAAGCAAUGACUGGUAGAGCGUGGGUAGUUGUCUCAGCAGGUAAAAAUGAAAUAUCAAUUUGGGAUAUAGAGAAAAUCGCAUGUAAGGAAGCAUUUGGUGUAAUCACAGAUGAAAAAAUGGGCGGAGUGACUUUAGAUAUGUUUAAGGCUCUUGAUCCACCUGAAUCAAGCGAUAUAUUGAGAAAUGCGUUUACAGCCAAUGAAAAAAGUAUUUCCGUAGAUCAUUCCGUUAGAGCAGUUCUUUAUCCACAAGAAUGCAAUUUCAUUAUAACUGCAGGAUCGGAUCGUAAAAUAAGAUUUUGGGAUAAUGCUAAUAUUAAGGAUUCAUAUAUUAUUGCCGGUUCUGAUAUUUCCGAAAGUAAACCAGUGUAUAGUGCAAAACAAUUUGACGGAAUUAAAUUUUAUUAUGAAACACAAAAUUUAUUUCGUAAUUCUAAUUCAACAAGUUCACAUUCAUCAUCAUCACAUUCCAAUAGUAGCAGUUUCUCAAGUGGUCGCAGUAAUAAUAGUAAUCAUAACAAAAAUUCUAAUGCACAUAAAUAUAAUUAUAAUCCAAGCCAAUUAUCGGCAAUUCAACAACAACAAAUACUUAAAAAUCAUUUAGACUGUAUAACAGAUUUAGCAAUUACAGAAUUUCCACAUCCAAUGUUAAUAAGUGGUGAUAGAGAUGGGAUUUUAAAAGUAUUUUUGUAA